AUGGCUGAAGAGGAAGAGGCCACUCGAAAAGCUGCUGAAGAAGAGGCAGCGAGAAAACUUGCUGAAGAGGCAGCCGCUGCAGAAGCAGCAAGAAUAGCUGAAGAGGAAGAGGCCACUCGAAAAGCUGCUGAAGAAGAGGCAGCGAGAAAACUUGCUGAAGAGGCGGCCGCUGCAGAAGCGGCGCGAAUGGCUGAAGAGGAAGAGGCUGCUCGAAAAGCUGCUGAAGAAGAGGCAGCGAGAAAACUUGCUGAAGAGGCUGCCGCUGCAGAAGCGGCGCGAAUGGCUGAAGAGGAAGAGGCUGCUCGAAAAGCUGCUGAAGAAGAG